UGUUAAGGUUAAUUAGUUUCUUCCAUUAACAAGAAAGGAACAUAUUAUUUCUGAGAGAAACUGAGAGAAUCAAACCUGAAUUGUAGCAGCACAAGGACGGUCCCCAAUUAGGAUAACAACAACUUUUCUUUUCAAUACCCUCAAAAUUUUCACCCUUCAUUUUCCUUAUCCUAUUCUAAUUCUAAAUUCUCAAAAACAAAAGACAGAAACAGAUGCUUUUCCUAUUGUUCAUUGUCUUUUUCUAAUCAGAAUCUCUUCUCGUCACACACUUCAGAGUAGUAGUAACCCAAAAACCAAAAACUCUGAACCCAAAAAACAAAAAGAGACUCCAUUGAAAUUUCUUCUUAUCACUUCACUAAAAGAGGAAACACCCCAUUAAAAUUCUCAGCAAAAAGCUUCAAACUUUAAUAAGAAAGAAGACAAAUUCCCACUACAAACUAUGCAAUUGCAACGGCGUGUUCUCGAAACAGGGUUAAGCAUUUCACCAUCUUCUUCAUCAUCUUCUUCUUCUUCGAUCAUCAAUGAAGCGAACUUCGACACCAACAUGGUGAUAAUCCUGGCGGCGCUAAUGUGCGCACUGGUGUGCGCCUUGGGUCUGAACUCCAUAGCACGGUGUGCGCUCCGGUGCGGACGGAGGCUGACGGCGGAGCAAGAGGCGGAGAGGCUGGCGACGACGGGGCUCAAGAAGAGCCACCUGAGGAGGAUUCCCGUGGCGGUGUACGGCUCCGGCGAGAAUAUUCCAGCGACGGAGUGCCCAAUAUGUUUGGGUGAGUUCGAGAGAGGGGAUAAAGUUAGAAUGCUUCCUCAGUGUAACCACGGGUUUCACGUGAAGUGUAUUGACACGUGGCUCGUUUCGCAUUCGUCUUGCCCUAAUUGCCGACACUCCUUGCUUGAGAAGCCUAAGGUAAAUAAUAGUAGUUCUGCUUCUUCAGGUGGUGGUGACGGCGGCGGUAGUGGGGGAGGCGGGGGAGGAAACAUGGUGAUCGUCCUCGACCGGGCAAGUUAAUACUUAUUACAAACAUUUGACAAUCAGACUCGGCUCGGAUCGGCUCGGCUCAACUCGGCUCCAUUCUGCAUUUGUGGUUGGCUCUUUGAACGUGAUGGUGUUUUUAAGGAACGCAGGCAAGUUAGUUAUUGCCAGAGGAAAAUGUGAUAUAAUUUCAGAGACACGAUAUUAAAUUCAGUAGACUUUUUAUACAUCUCUCUUAUAUCAUUUGUUUUUAUGAUAUAACUUCAUACAGAUUAUGAUAGCUUUAGAUAAUAUGAGUAGUUUUUGUAAUUUGAUGAGUUAAUAAUUGGUUGUGAAUAUGAAGGAAAAUUUAAAACACAAUGAGGAUACAGAGCAAAGGAUAGUGUUUGGUGAAGGGAGUUGGGAAAGUUAAGAAAUAAGAAUAGUUGUUAGUUAUUAGAUAAGUAAAAAUAGUAUAUGCACCCUCAAGUUAAUUUUUUUUCUAAAAUAGGAAAAUAUUUAUUAAAAUAACAAGAUGAAUACAAUAAGUUGUCGUCCUAUCUAGACACUAAAAACUAGAUUCAGAACGGUGGGUUUUCCAAAAUAUCCUUAUGAGUUAUGAUUAAGAAAAGAAGUUAAUUAAAAAACUCAGAAGAAAAAAAGAAAAUUGAAAAGAAAAAAGAAAGAAAAAGGAAAGUCACGCUACAAGUUCUCGUUCUUGUCUAAGACUCCUGUAAUAACGUCAUGGUUUGUUCAAAUAUAUGUUGAGAAGGAAUGAUUUUAUUCUCAAAGAUCUUUAAAUUUUUGGCUUCCCAAUUCAUCCAGCACAACACCGUG